AUGAAGACGGCCAAGACCAUGAAGACGGCCAAGACCAUGAAGACGGCCAAGACCAUGAAGACGGCCAAGACCAUGAAGACGGCCAAGACCAUCAAGACGGCCAAGACCAUCAAGACGGCCAAGACCAUGAAGACGGCCAAGACCAUGAAGACGGCCAAGACCAUGAAGACGGCCAAGACCAUGAAGACGGCCAAGACCAUCAAGACGGCCAAGACCAUCAAGACGGCCAAGACCAUGAAGACGGCCAAGACCAUCAAGACGGCCAAGACCAUCAAGACGGCCAAGACCAUGAAGACGGCCAAGACCAUCAAGACGGCCAAGACCAUGAAGACGGCCAAGACCAUGAAGACGGCCAAGACCAUGAAGACGGCCAAGACCAUCAAGACGGCCAAGACCAUGAAGACGGCCAAGACCAUGAAGACGGCCAAGACCAUCAAGAUGGCCAAGACCAUCAAGCCGGCCAAGACCAUGAAGACGGCCAAGACCAUGAAGACGGCCAAGACCAUCAAGACGGCCAAGACCAUCAAGACGGCCAAGACCAUCAAGACGGCCAAGACCAUCAAGACGGCCAAGACCAUCAAGACGGCCAAGACCAUCAAGACGGCCAAGACCAUGAAGACGGCCAAGACCAUGAAGACGGCCAAGACCAUCAAGACGGCCAAGACCAUGAAGACGGCCAAGACCAUCAAGACGGCCAAGACCAUGAAGACGGCCAAGACCAUCAAGACGGCCAAGACCAUGAAGACGGCCAAACGGCCAACCAUCAAGACGGCCAAAGCCAUCAAGACGGCCAAGACCAUCAAGACGGCCAAGACCAUCAAGACGGCCAAGACCAUCAAGACGGCCAAGAUCAUCAAGACGGCCAAGACCAUGAAGACGGCCAAGACCAUCAAGACGGCCAAGACCAUGAAGACGGCCAAGACCAUGAAGACGGCCAAGACCAUGAAGACGGCCAAGACCAUGAAGACGGCCAAGACCAUCAAGACGGCCAAGACCAUCAAGACGGCCAAGACCAUCAAGACGGCCAAGACCAUGAAGACGGCCAAGACCAUGAAGACGGCCAAGACCAUGAAGACGGCCAAGACCAUGAAGACGGCCAAGACCAUGAAGACGGCCAAGACCAUGAAGACGGCCAAGACCAUGAAGACGGCCAAGACCAUGAAGACGGCCAAGACCAUCAAGACGGCCAAGACCAUCAAGACGGCCAAGACCAUCAAGACGGCCAAGACCAUCAAGACGGCCAAGACCAUCAAGACGGCCAAGACCAUCAAGACGGCCAGACCAUUCAAGACGGCCCAAGACAUCAAGACGGCCAAGACCAUCAAGACGGCCAAGACCAUCAAGACGGCCAAGACCAUCAAGACGGCCAAGACCAUUCAAGACGGCCAAGACCAUUCAAGACGGCCAAGACCAUGA